AUGGCAAAUGUCCUUAUCGCUGCACAGAGCAUACCCACAUCGACUUUGGGCUCCAUCCCUCAAUGUGUUCUAACAUGUGCCUCAAACGCCCUCAUAGGAACACAGUGCACUUCAAUAAUCGACCCGUGCAUCUGCACAUCUGACGCGUUCCUAAUGGCUACUAUCAGCUGUAUGAGAUCGCAUUGUACGAUUCAUGAUCAACUCAUUGCGGAGAAUCUGCAGAGUGCGCUCUGCACCACAAGCACGACAGCUACAUCUACUGAGGCACCGAGCUCCUCGACUGCUCAAACGACAGCUGCAACAGUUGCACCUCGAAACGAAUACAACACUAGCGCCAUCAUUGGAGGAGCUAUUGGCGGUGCUGCUGCAUUGGGCAUACUCAUUGUAGCGAUAGUAGCCUUUCGUAUGCGGGAAAAGGCCAAUAGCGGGCAGCAUUUAUCGGGGAUAGGCCAUGAGCCCGGGCCCGUUCCUGGAUUUGUACCCGCUGCCUACUCUACGCAAAACCGUACAAGGUUAUCUCAUGACUUGUUAUCCGAUACACAGACUCGUGAUUGGACUAUGCCGCCUCCUCCAUUCGAUGGACACCAAGUCGGCGGAGAGUCCGUACCUGUUCUAACGGCAGCACGGCCCAAUGAGAUGGGUGCUGGCACUAAUAAUGUUUCCCAACAAGUCGUAAACGAUAUUAUAGGACAGUACGCAGAAGCCAACAGAGACCUCAUCUCUCCCUCACUGGAGAGUAAAUUACGUGCUGCGAGGUACCUUCCGACAGACGAUCCGAGUGAGGCGUCGGAGGCGGAAUGGCAAACACAGCACGGAGUAGGAGCCUUGGAGUUGAAGAGGCUAAAGGAGGCAUAUAAUAGAAGCAAAGUAUCAAGUGACAAUGAAAAGGCGGCUUUUGCAGCCGGCCAGACUCUAGAUUCAUCGCGCCCAUCGUAA